CGGCCCAGAGCCGUGGCACCCCACAUCCAGUGCCGUGGCCAAGGCUCGCUUCACGCUGCUGCGCUCCUCCCUGCUCUUCUCCAUCAGCUACGAGCGGCUGGGGCGGCCGAGCCGGGUGCGUUUCAGUGACCCCGAGGGUAACGUGCUGUUUGAACACCCCGUGCAGAGGAGCGCUGCCCCCGAGGAUGGCAUGCUCUGUGGGAUGUGGAGGACAGUGUCCAAAGCCAACGUCCAGCUGCUGCGGCGGGAACAGCUCCGUGUGUCCCUCAUCACCCGGGCACAGCCCUCCGGAGAGGUCCAUGGGCACAUCCUCAAGCACCGGGCACUCUUUGCAGAGACAUUCGGUGCCAUCCUGACCUCCUCGAACCCCUUGCACUUGGGUGCUGGGGGCAUGGCCAUGCUGACACUGAGUGACACAGAGAACAACCUGCACUUCAUCCUCAUGGCCCGGGGACUGCUGGAGCCUGGAGCAAGAGAAUCCCCGUGGGUCCCACUGAGGGUCCGCAUCCUGCACCAGGGCCAGACGCUACACGAGGUCCACGCCAACAUCACUGUGGAGGACCCCGACUUUGCAGAGGUGCUGAAUGACCUGUCUGCCCAGGAGCUGCAGUGGCUGGUGCAGGGGCAGCUCCGCAUCGUGGCCGAGACGGAGGGGCAGCACGCGCGGCAGCUGGCUGGCACCAUCACCACCCGCCGCAGCUGUGACACCAUCCAGAGUGUGCUAUGCGGAGCAGAUGCUUUGCUGCCGACCAAGACCGGGGCUGUGGGCUCAGCCAAGCUGGCGCUGCAUGAGAAUGGCACCCUGGAGUACCAGGUGCAGGUGGUGGGCACUGCCAGCGAGGUGGUGGGCAUCACACUGGAGACCAAACCCAGACGGAAAAGCAAGAGGAACAUCCUGUUUGACAUGACACCCAGCUACAAGGAUGGGCUGGCCUGGGGUGCCUGGCAGAGCCCCAGCGCCCGCGAUGCCCACAUGCUUCUACAAAAUGAGCUCUUCCUCAACGUGGCCACCAAAGACUGGGCAGAGGGUGAGCUGCGGGGCCAGAUCAUCUCCCUGCCCUACAGUGGACUGCUCGCCCGCUACACAGACAUGCCCGUGGCGCUGGCAGGGCAGCUGGUNUGCUCUGGAGGAGACGUGGCACCCGGACCUGGGGGAGCCCUUCGGGGUGAUGCGCUGCGUUAUCUGUCACUGCGAGCCGAGAAGAGCCCUGCACUCCGGUUUGACACCUUGGAGUACUUCCAGGAGAAGGAGGAUGACCUGGACAAGCCCUACAAUGACCGCUCCUACCUGAGCUCGGAGGGCCUGGCUCGCGAUGAUGCNCCCGCCUUCCCCCUGCCGGGCGCCCGCCUGCCACGCACCCGCCACCCUCAGCCUCUCCCUGCCACUCUCUGCGGAGGUGGCAGCAGGGACGUGGGUGAUAGGCCGCAGCUGGCUCCGGGGCCAGGGAAAGGAGCACAGCGNGUGGCCGAGCUGGGGGAGAUGGGCACCCGCCCCCACCAGCACAAGCGCCUGCUCAAGGGCUUCUACAGCACUGAGGCUCAGGGCGUGGUGAAGGACCUGGAUGCCGACCUGCUGCAGCACCUGGCCCAGGGCACUGCUUUCCUGCAAGUCAGCACCAAAGCUCACCCCAAUGGCGAGAUGCGGGGACGGGUGCACAUUCCCAACCAGUGCCAUGCAGGAGGGACCCGCCUGGCCCCAGGGGAGUCCCUGGGUCAGGCUGAGCUCUCAGAGAGCACCAAGACCAGGGACCUGGAGCAGCUGAAGAAGGACCCCAACUCCUGCUUCUUUGAGGGUCAGCACCGGGCACAUGGCACCCGCUGGGCACCUGACUAUGACAAGAAGUGCUCUAUCUGCAGCUGCCAGAAGCGCACAGUGAUCUGCGACCCCAUCUUGUGCCAGCCCCUCAACUGUACCCACCAGGUGCACCCCGAAGAGCUGUGCUGCCCCAUCUGUGAAGAGAAGAAGACAGAGCAGGAAGAACUGAAGCUGGAGCGGGCACGGGACAGCAGCGAGGGCUGCUACUUCGACGGUGACAAGACAUGGCGAGGCUCUGGCACCCGCUGGCAUCCUGUCGUGCCCCCGUUUGGCCUCAUCAAAUGUGCCAUUUGUACCUGCAAGGGCACCACAGGUGAAGUGCACUGCGAGAAGGUGCAGUGCCCACGGCUCACCUGUGCCAACCCCGUGCGCGCCAGCCCCUCUGACUGCUGCAAGCAGUGCCCAGUGGCGUCUCGUGCAGCCCCAGAGAGGAGUGUCCCGGAGCUGGCUGACUCCAUGCAGGCAGAUGCGCCGCGGUCGUGCCGCUUCGGGCGCCGCUGGUACCUCAACAACGAGAGCUGGCACCCGUCUGUGCCCCCCUUUGGGGAAAUGAAGUGUAUCCUGUGCUGGUGUGUGUCGGGGGAGACGCACUGCCAGCGCCAGGAGUGCCCCCCAUCCGCCUGCGCCAGCCCUGCCACGAGGGACAACCCCUGCUGUGCCAAGUGCCGUGCCCUUGAUGCCCCCUCAGAUGCACGGGAGAAGGUCCAGGAUGCCAAGGUGGAGUCACGGAGCCACUGAGCAGUGACUGCUGCCCAGAGCGGGGCACACACGCGGUGAUGCUGGGUGGCACUGGGGGUCCCACUGCUCACUGCCCCUGCCUG